AACGCACUAAUUCCAGUGCCUAAACUAUAAUCAACCGACGACGGCGACGAGCUUCCCGGAAUUUCAGUCGGCCUCUCUAGUCAACCCCCGUUUAACGUUCAUUUAAGGAAUCGAAUCUAGCGAUGGAAAUCGGAGUGGGCCGUCUGGUGCUGCUGAUGGUCGUUUCCUGUCUGGGUCUGACCGUUUCGAUACCGGACUAUUGCGAUCCCCUGCUGUGCAAAACCGAUCACCUGCACAUUGGCUGCAAUGCCACGGACGAUUUCGGUGCGGCAUGUCCCCCGAACACCGAAGUGAUUCCAAUGGACGACAAGCUGCGGGGAAUGAUUCUCGAUUUGCACAACAGUCUGAGAAGCGAACUGGCCAAUGGAACGAUGGAAGGAUUCGCUUCGGCCGAAAGGAUGGCCGUUCUGGAAUGGAACGACGAACUGGCCAAGCUAGCCGAGUAUAAUACGCGCACCUGCCUGUAUUCCCACGACGAGUGUCGGGCCACGGAACAGUAUCGCCAUGCCGGGCAGAACAUCGCCCGGAAGUCCAAACCGAACAACAUCACCGUGGAAGUGACGCGUGCCAUUCAAGAUCUGACCAACAAAUGGUGGCAGGAGUACGUCGAUACCAAUCAGACCGUGGUGGACUCGUACCGGAAGGUGGGCGAGGGCGUCCACAUCGGUCACUUUUCGCUGAUGGCCAACGAUCGGAUCACGAGGAUGGGUUGCGCCGCGACCAAGUACUGGAACCCGGAGAACAAGCGCAACUACGUGUACUACGUGUGCAACUACUCGUUCACCAACGUGCUCGGGAAGCCCAUCUACAAAAAGGGCAAACCGUGCUCGAAAUGCGGCGAAGGCAAAUGCAGCACUAAAUAUCCGGGGCUGUGUGAGGGAAUCGGCGAUGUUAUCGAUAAGGAGAUCUAAGGGAGGAAGAGUGCGUUUCGUCAAUUUGACGCGAGACGGUCAGUCAAUAUCGGUGCAGAUAUAAAGAUAUGUGUGAUACCUCAGUUAAAUGUAGUCACGAUAUGUUCAAAGGAAGUUAUUAUGUAGAUUUCAAGUAUUUCAGAUUUCCUUUCAAAGGAAGUUCUCAAUUUCGUAUUCGUAAGAAGCACUGUUUUCACAUCAUGUAGGUAAAAAACGAUCUAAUGAUAUAUUGAAUUUGAAUCAUAAAUACUUUAUAUGAAGGUCAAAGGUGAUAUCUAUUAUUCCGAGACAACAAAAACGAUAAACAAUUCGUUGUACUUCCCUUAUGAACAAAUAUGGCAACUAUCGAUCCCAUGUUGAAUAUUUUGCGAUUUUCACUAUCUUGUUUGUUAUGACCAAGAUCAAUUUCUUGAGAAAGAAACUCUGAGGUACAUGAAAGCUGCAUAACAACCCCCUUUGAACA